AUGUCGGAAGCCCACGCGUCUUUUGGUGCGUCCGCCAACAGCCACGGGCACGUCAGUAGCGACACUUCUGGCUCCAUUCAAGAAAAGCUUGACUCGCAUGCCCCUACGCCAGUUCCCGCUCCAGAACUCGCUCCAGCUUCGGCGCCAGCACCACAGACAAGCAACGCCCCGGACGGUGGCCUCGUAGCCUGGCUGCAGGUAAUCGCUUCAUUCAUGCUAUUCUUCAACUCCUGGGGACUAGUCAACACCUAUGGUGCCUAUCAGACCUUCUACGAAGCCAAUCUGUUGGCGCAUCAGAGUUCGUCGAGCAUAUCUUGGAUCGGCUCCAUUCAGGCUUUCCUUCUUCUUCUCGUAGGACCACUGAGUGGCCCCCUUUUUGACCGCGGCUACGUGCGCGCACUCAACCUGGUCGGAACCUUUUUGAUCGUGUUUGGGCUUAUGAUGACAAGCAUUAGCACACGCUACUACCAAAUCUUCCUUGCCCAAGGAAUCUGCACCGGUCUUGGCAUGGGCGCCAUCUUCAUCCAGAGUGUUGCCAUUCUACCCCCUUACUUCUCCAAACGUCGUGCCCUGGCCACUGGCAUUCCCGUUUGCGGCUCAAGUUUGGGCGGUAUCAUCUAUCCCAUCGUGUUCCAACGCCUCGAGCCGCGCAUUGGAUUUGGCUGGGCAACGAGGGUGCUCGCCUUCAUCGCCCUUGCAACGCAAGCUGUGGCAGUGGUGCUGAUGCGACAGCGUGAUGGUGGUUCGUCCAAGUCGCGCAGUCUGAUCGAUCCGACGCUUUUCACCGAGAAGCCAAUGCUCUCCUUCUCUUUCGCCUCGCUCUUUGCCUUCAUGGGUCUAUACAUUCCUUUCUACUACAUCGGCAUCUACAGCCAGAGAAAGGUGCACAAUAUGCCACACACCCUGCUAUCGUAUCUCGUCCCCCUUCUCAAUGUCGGCAGUGUCUUUGGACGACUCAUCCCCAACUUUUUGGCAGAUAAGACGGGAUGCCUCAACAUGUUUGUCAUCACCUGUGCUUCGGCUGCUAUUGCAGGUUAUGGUUGGCUUAGUGUUAACAGUGUUGCCAAGCUCGUCCUCUUCUGUGUCUUCUAUGGCGCUUUCUCGGGAAGCUAUGUUUCGUUGCAGGGACCGACGGUGGCUAUGCUCACCACGGACAAGUCACGUCUGGGAUCGCGCAUGGGCACAUUCUGCAUCUUUGCGGCUAUCGGUAUUCUUGUCGGCAACCCUGUCGCUGGUGCUAUAAUUGAUGUCGACAACGGUAUUUUCUGGCCAGCACAGAUUCUGUGCUCGACCUUGAUAGCCGCCGCUUCCAUCUGCCUCGUUGCUUCUCGCUACUUCUGCGUUGCUGCAAAGAUUUUCGUCAAGAUUUAA